AUGGAGACGCUAACUUUGGUGCCGAUUCAGAAGAAACUGAUCAACUCUGAGGAUAUGAACGCCGAUGAAAUAGAGUGGUUGAAUGAGUAUCACGCACGAGUUUUUGCCAAUGCUGAACCACAUAUCAAAGAUGAAGCCGAGUUGGCAUGGCUGAGGGAUGCCUGUGCUCCACUGGUGGAGACGACUUCUCCUCGAAAGCGUAGAGGAUCUUCGAGCCGUGCUGAGAGUAUUGAUAAGAGACAAAAGAAUGAUUGA